GUUUCUGGUAGAUUUUUUUUUGUAUUCAAUUGAAAAAUGAAUUUUUGCCAGCAAAAAGUGAUCAAUCACCCCAAAAACAUCUACAGAAAAAAUGUGAAAAAUGCCACUGAAAACGACAGUGAAUCCAGCAAAGGAAUGGUCGAAAAGUUUUUCCGGGAAUCAACUACAGGAAUCCCAAAAGUGCUUCCGGAAGUGAAGAAAUCAGCUGAAAAAGGAGCCAAGACCACAGGAACUGGUCAUACACCUGGACAAUAUAGCGGGUCAAAUGAUCCUUUUGUCGUUUUGGUAAUCACUGAGGGCAGAAAUAAUGCCACGGGAGAGGUGGGAAUGGCAGCAAUGGACAUCAAUGCACCAACACUGAUUCUCUCUCAAUUCAGCGAUGACAUGUGGUACACUGGAACAGUGAUAAAGAUCCACAUGUUGGAUCCAGCAGAGAUCAUUGUACCAAAUACUGUUUUUGUCAAUGAUCAGUUAAUCAAAGAUUCUACACUCAUGAAGAUCAUCGUAAAAGCCUUUCCAAGUGUCAAAAUCAAACCAGCUCUGAGGAAAUUCUUCAAUGAUGUUGAAGCCAUGGAAAUUAUCAAUGAUCUCUGCUCUUCCCAUUGUGCCAGCGUUAAAUUGGCCCUUGAGGGAAAAUAUUAUGCCUUAGCAGCUGCUGGAGGACUCUUUAGAUACCUCACGACAGUCAUCUGUGUCACUUUUGCACCGACAAGCCUUCAAAUUGUCUACGAAGCAAAGUACGGAUCUAUGAUGAUUGAUGUGGAAACAUCCAAAAGAUUGGAAUUGGUAUCUUCUCUAAUGCCAAGAAAGAAUAAAAAUAGCUGCCUCUUUCAAUUCCUGGAUAAAUGCCUAACAAAUGUUGGCAAAAGGUCCCUCAGAGCCAGAAUUUUAGCACCCCUCUGUGAUGUCAAGCAAAUCCGGGAAUUUCAGGAAGCUGUUCAAGAACUCAUUGAGCAUCAACCAUUGCUAGAGACCCUUCGGCAAAUUCUCAAAAAAUUCAAGAGCGUGAGCAAAAUGCAGAAACUCUGCCUCAUUGUACCCCAAAAUGAUAUUAUUCGGGCAGCUGAGCUUAUGAUCAGCCAUGUGAUCACAUUUAAAUCCUGCCUUCAGGCCAUUCCUCAGCUCUUUGACAUUCUGUCAAAUUUUACACAUAAAACUUUUGAGACUAUGCGACAGGGAUUGGAGGAUUCUCGCUACCAGAAUAUCCUGGAGCAGAUUAACAAAUGCAUUGUCGAUGAUGUUCAGUAUGAACGUGGUCAGAAGCAAUUUUUCCAGCGAAUUCAUGCUGUCAAAGAGGGAUGCAAUGUCUUUCUGGACAUAUCCCGCAAACUCUACUUCUGCCUCAUUGAGGAUUUGAAGAAACUCAUAACCACAAUCAGUCGACGCUAUGAGAUAUCCUUGCAAUUGGCCCAUAAUUGUGCCAAAGGUUACCAUGUCAUCCUGAUCUUUGAUCCAAAGAAAGAACCACCUCAAAUCCCAGCUGAAUUUGAAAUUCUCUCUCGACGUGCUGGAAAGAUGCUCCUUCGCAAUGAAGAAAUUAUCAAUCUAGAUUUGAGAAUCCGUGGAGUUGUCAAUGAAAUUGUCCUCAUAAGCAAUCAAGUGAUCAAUACAAUGCUGACAAACAUUCGUACAGACAUUGAAUGCUUCUACAUGCUAACAGGAGUCAUUGUAGAAAUUGAUCUGAUCCAGAAUUUUGCACUCCUCGGGAGUAUCGACGGUUCUGUCUGUCCAUCAUUUGGCACUGAUCUCAAAAUUGUCGAUGGCAUUCAUCCAUUUUUGGAAUUUGGCGUCAAUCAAACUAUUCCCGUGCCCAAUAACGUCAUUGCCACCUCAGACUACAACUUUUUCAUGAUCACCGGACCAAAUAUGGGCGGAAAAACGGUCUAUAUCAAAAUGGUGGCUCUUCUGCAAAUUAUGGCCCAGAUUGGUGCCUUUGUCCCAGCCACUGAAGCCACUUUUCGAAUUUGUGACAAACUCUUCUCGAGAAUAGGCUUUGAUGACACCAUUCAAAGGGGACUGUCCAAUUUUGAACACGAAAUAAGACAGACCGAGUACAUUUUGAGAAACAUCACACCAAACAGCCUGGUAAUCAUUGACGAACUAGGCCGAACGACAAAUCCUUAUGAAGGAAAAAUCUGGUCAUGGGGAAUGUGUGAAGAACUGGCAGAUCUCAAGGGUUAUUCAAAUGACGGUAAAUACUUUGAAAAAGAAACUGAAUCUGAUAUCAAUGCAGAUCAGACAGUGUCAAAAGAUAUGAAGAAAUUGAAAAACUUCACUUCACCAUUCGUCUUUCUCACGACACAUUUCAAAGAACUGACAAAGCUUCCUGAUUAUCACUUUAACAUGAUCAAUGUGUACCUUGAUGCUGAGGAAAUUCCCCAUGCUGAGGGGCACAUCACCCUUAAGUACACCCACAAAGUCAAAGUGGGAGUAACGCCACUGAAAGCUUACGGAUUAGCUUUGGCCAGGCACGUUCAAUUCACAAAGAAUAUCGUUCCAAGAGCAGAGGUAGUUUUCAAAAAAUUGGAAAGCGUCAGUGAAAAUGCGGAAAUUCAGCCAGUUGACUACCUUGGUCAACUCAGUGAAAGAUGGAAAAUGUCCCGGAAGAAAGGUUCAUUUGACAAUGAGAAGAAAUUGUAUGAUUUAUAUGCAAAUCUUGCAAAUAUCCUCAGGGAAAUUCCCAAAGAAACAUCACAGGAUGCCAUGAAGAAGGAAGUUGACAGGGUUAUUAGGAAAAUCAUUGAAUCAGCUGAUCCACAAUUCCUGAUGGAUAUACGAACAAAGUCACCUUCUCGCGUUCUCAAUAACUCCUUUUCGGUGAAACGUGUGCAGAAUAUUCCCAGAAAAACCACAGUUUCCCUCAAUCUCGAGGCAAUCCGAGAAGAUUUAAUUAUUGAUCAAGAUCGAAAUAGCAUUGUAACAGAAUUUCGAACUAUUCUUAAUACACCAACAGAAAAUCGUGGACAAACCUACACUGUAAACAGUGAAAGACAAAGAAACACUUCGACAUCAGUAACUCCUCCGUCAAGAAUCAUUCCUGCCGUUUCGAUUGAGAAGGAAUCUCCGGAGGAAAAAGUUGAAAAACCAACAAAAAGAAAAACCCCUCCUUCCAUCAAUUUCAAUCUGACAACACCAUUCAGGCCUAAAUCAAAGGAACGAUCGUGGGAAAUUCUUCCUUCAAAUCAAGUUGCCUUGGUAUCUUCCCAAUCAAUCGAAAUUCUUACUGCUAAGCCAGCUAAACCGACUAAACCAAUUCAAACUGAGGAAUUUAAUUUUUUCAACUUCAGUCAGAAAAAGGAAUCUCCUGAUGACUUUUUCCAGAACACACCUGGCCCAUCCCGUGAAAACUAUGUUGAAGAUUUCAAUCCAAUUGUCAAUCUCUUGAGUGAAGAUGAAGAAGAAAUCCAGACUGAAUAUGAUAAAAUUCUAUCAUCUGACAUUGUAUCAACCCAGGAAAAUGCAUUCAAUGAUCAAAAUAGUGAAGAAUUAAAUGGAUUUGACACAUUAAAUGACUCAGAAUCACCCAAUGAUUUGUUGAAAGUAGAAAAAUCUUCAACACAGAAAAAUACUUCAAAUGAAGAUAGUGAAUUUCUUCAAGGUUUCUUCAAGAAACCACAGGACAAAAUUCACUGUGAUCCUUGGGAAAGCAAUUUCAUGAAAAGACCUGGUACAGCGGUGAAAACUGUCGAUGCCAAAAUCAAGAAAAAUGACCCCACGGCUGCUGAAUCAAGUAGCAAAAGCACAAAUUUCAUAGCCCAAGAUCAACCAAAGAAAACUUCAAACGGAACAUCUACUGAAUCUUCAUCAGGCUCUUCCAGCAAGAAACCAGAACCUUCAGCAAGUUCUUCUGACAAAACUUCAUCACCAAAAAGUUUCAUGGAGAAAUACCGCGAGAGUGUCAUCCAGAGAAUGAAACAAUCCUGCCCACUGAAGCCCUUUCAGUCAAAAAUUGUCAAAACAGCAAAGAAACCACUCGUAACGCAAAUUCCUUUGCCAACCUUUGAGCGUUUCUUGAAGCAACAACAAUUAGCAGCAGCAGCAUUUCCCAAAAAACCUCAACCAUCUGUUGAGAAAGAAAGCUGCCAGGAUUUUAGUGACCGAACCAGUGAAUCACAAAUAUCUGUGUCCAGUGGAAAAAUUCCCUGGAUUCCAGACAUUGGAACUCUACAGGAUACCCAAACACCAGAAAGUGUUGAAUUUGACGAUGAAACAGAAAAGAAAGAUCGCCUUGUUCUCGAUUUGGCAAAAUUACGAAAUUGUCAGAGUUCAAAACUGUAAAAUGCCACAGAUUGCAUAACCAUUUAUCGUUUUAUAAAACUAAUAAAUCAAUUUAGAAA